AUGUAUUUCCAACCUGAGACUAACACCCUACCUCGUUCCCUCCCUCUGCAGACAAGCAACGUGGAAAACCUCUCCCCACAGAUCCUGCGAGGGGUCAUGAAGGAGAUGACAGAGCUGGUCAAGGGCCCGCCAGAAGGCAUCAAAGUGCACAUGAACGAUGAAGAUGUGACGGACAUCCAAGCCACCAUCACAGGACCUGCCGGUACACCCUAUGCUGGAGGGCUGUUCCGCGUAAAGUUGGCCCUGGGCAAGGACUUCCCUAAUGUCCCCCCCAAGGGCUAUUUCCUCACCAAGAUCUUUCACCCCAAUGUGGCCUCCAACGGAGAAAUAUGUGUGAACACGCUCAAGAAAGACUGGAAGGCAGAUUUGGGCAUCAGACACGUUCUCUUGGUGAUUAAAAGUCUGCUGAUUGUCCCAAAUGCUGAGUCAGCCCUGAAUGAAGAGGCUGGGAAGCUGCUCCUUGAGGCCUAUGAUGACUAUGCUGCCAGAGCCAAGAUGAUUACGGAAAUCCACGCACAAGGCCCGAAGGUACCCAAGGGAGAGAGCAGUGGCGAGGGAAGCAGUCAGGAUGGACCCCAGGCCAAGAAGCACGCCACGGACAAGAAAGUGGCGGCCGACCGGAAAAAGUUAUUGAAAGACAAGAAGAGAACUUUAAAGAGAUUAUGAAUGGCUGGCCGUGUGCAGUGUCAUUGUCACCUCUAAGUGCAAACAUGUGUGGGUGUAUAUUUUAGUGGAUAUAUUUCUGUGCUUCACUCUUAUCUCGCUGCCCUUCCAUCAUCCUUCCCUGCCAGGCUGUGGUUUCAUGAAAUGGUGAAAAAUGUUUCUCGAGGAGCUGGGAGAGCUGAAAGUUACAAACAUUUGAACAUCCAGUGUUUUGCCUAACAGUAUGCAUUGUGCAAGUUUCUCUUUCUCAUCUCUCAUUUUUUCACUUUUAUU